AAUUGAAGAAGUUGGUUUAUCUUUACUUGAUGAACUACGCCAAAUCCCAGCCCGACAUGGCGAUCAUGGCAGUUAACACUUUCGUGAAGGACUGUGAAGAUCCCAACCCUUUGAUCCGCGCGCUUGCAGUGCGCACCAUGGGGUGCAUCAGGGUUGAGAAGAUCACCGAGUAUCUUUGUGAACCCCUCAGAAAAUGCUUGAAGGAUGAGGAUCCCUAUGUACGGAAAACGGCUGCAGUAUCAGUAGCUAAGCUACAUGAUAUCAACGCUGGAUUAGUUGAAGAGCAGGGAUUUCUUGAUUCCUUAAAGGAACUGUUGGGGGAUUCCAAUCCUAUGGUUGUAGCCAACGCUGUUGCGGCAUUAUCUGAGAUAAACGAGUCUAGCCCUACAGGGAAACCAAUUAUCGAGAUGAAUACUGCCACUAUUAACAAGCUGCUGACUGCCCUAAAUGAAUGUACGGAGUGGGGACAGGUAUUUAUCCUCGACUCCCUGUCCAACUAUAACCCCAGCGAUGACCGGGAGGCGAAGUCUAUUUGUGAACGUAUUACUCCACGCCUUGCUCACGCAAACGCUGCUGUUGUUCUUUCGGCGGUCAAGGUUUUGAUGAAGUAUAUGGAGAUGAUGGGACAAGACUCCGACUCUGUAUCCAACCUGAGCAAGAAACUCUCUCCUCCACUUGUAACUCUUCUGUCUAGCGAACCUGAGGUUCAGUAUGUUGCAUUAAGGAAUAUAAACCUUAUAAUACAGAAGCGUCCUGAAAUCCUGAAACAUGAGAUGAAGGUUUUCUUUGUGAAGUACAACGAUCCUAUUUACAUCAAGUUGGAGAAGCUGGACAUUAUGAUCAGAUUAACCAGCCAAGCAAACAUUGCACAAGUUCUUUCAGAGCUUAAGGAGUAUGCCACUGAAGUCGAUGUUGACUUUGUGAGGAAGUCUGUAAGAGCAAUUGGUCGCUGCGCUAUUAAGGUGGAGCAGUCAGCCGAGAGGUGUGUCUCUACCCUUUUGGAUCUCAUUCAGACCAAAGUGAACUACGUGGUCCAGGAAGCUAUAGUAGUUAUCAAAGAUAUCUUCAGAAAGUAUCCCAACAAGUAUGAGAGUAUCAUCGCGACCCUUUGCGAGAAUCUUGAUACCUUGGAUGAACCCGAGGCUAGAGCCAGUAUGAUCUGGAUUAUUGGUGAGUACGCGGAGAGAAUUGAUAACGCAGAUGAACUUCUUGAAUCCUUCCUUGACAACUUUCACGAUGAGAAUAGUCAGGUUCAGCUUCAACUUCUGACAGGUAUUGUUAAACUGUUCCUGAAGCGUCCUACAGAUACACAGGAGUUGGUACAACAGGUUCUAUCCCUAGCUACUCAGGACUCUGAGAAUCCUGAUCUUCGAGAUCGUGGAUUUAUUUAUUGGAGACUUCUUUCUACCGAUCCUGCUGCUGCUAAGGACGUUGUACUCGCGGAGAAACCUCUCAUAGCUGAGGAAACUGAUUUACUUGAGCCUACUCUACUCGAUGAAUUGAUUUGUCACAUCUCUUCUCUUGCCAGUGUUUAUCAUAAACCUCCUACCGCAUUCGUCGAAGGAAAAGUCGGAUUGAAAAAGAUUCUGCCGACUAGGUCUGACGUGGAAGGUGAUUCUGACAUAAUGGCCGCCCAGGUAAUUCCUGAGCCAGGUUCACUUAUUGGAGACCUUCUCUCAAUGGAUCUUGGUGGUGGCGGAGGUUUAAUGCUAGGUGGUGCAGGGCAUCCUCCAGUCACUGAUCUUCUUGGAGGUGGUUUGGAUCAACUACUGGGUGGUUCACUUCCUGACACUGGAGCUGGAGGAAAUACAAAUAGUUUACUGGGAGACAUUUUCGGCAUGGGAAGCUCUGCACAUGCAGGUUAUAUUCCUCCAAAGCAGGUCUGGUUACCAGCUGCCAAAGGAAAAGGCUUAGAAAUUUCUGGAUCUUGGUCCAGGCGUAACAACGUAAUUCACAUGGAGAUGACGUUUAGCAACAAGGCACUGUCUGCAAUGCAGGGGUUCGCAAUCCAGCUGAACAAGAAUAGUUUUGGUUUGACACCAACCCAACCUCUCAACAUUCCGAUACUCAAUGCCAACCAAACCCUAGAUAUAUCUCUGCCUAUGAACUGUACCGGUGGAAUACAGAAGAUGGAACCUCUCUCAAAUAUUCAGGUUGCAAUAAAAAACAGCAUUGAUGUGUUCUAUUUCGCUUGCAUCGCUCCGCUCCACAUCUACUUUACUGAGGAUGGAAACAUGGAGAAGAAAACCUUCUUAGCUACCUGGAAGGAUAUUCCUGCGGCUAAUGAACUGCAGUACACUAUCAAUGACGUGGAGUGUACUUCGGACGGAAUCUCGACCAAGAUGGCGCAAAACAACGCGUUUACUGUUGCUAAGCGAACCCUAGAGGGCCAGGAUAUGAUUUAUCAAUCAAUCAAACUUUCAAACGGGAUCUGGGCUCUCGUAGAGCUGAAGCUACAGCCUGGUAAUCCUACAGUACAGCUCAGCUUCAAAUCUAGAGUUACAGAUAUAGCUCAGGGUAUAUUCCAGGUCUACGACGCAAUUCUUCACAACUGAUUUGUUCUUACGUAAUGUAUUUUAUUGUAUUGUAUUACAGAUGGAUGAUUUAAUUGUAAUAUUUAUUGUAUCUUCGUAAUUCCAAUUCGGAAAAUUUAAGGAUGAUUAUUAUAUUCAUUAUUUUACCAGUGUUUUAAGUAUUCGCAUUUAAAUGAUCAAUAAAAUUUGAUAUAUAAUUAAA